CGUUCCCCGCUUGAGGCUCCCUGUGCCGGUGGCAGCCGGUACUUCUUUUUGUCGUGGUCCGACGAAGAGCGGCUCUUCUUGCACCAACUGCACCGUCGAUACGCGUCUGCCGGGGUUCACUCCAUGCAAGAGAACGCCGUCUCACGGGGCAAUCGCGACAACCGCAGCCAGUGGCCGCUGUGGCACUUUCUGGCCCUCGAGUUGCGAUCCUCACUUCAUCGGUCAGUGUCACCCAAGCAAAUCGAGCAGUUCUUCAGAGAAGUGGACGGUGGAGGCGCGGGGCACGACAAACUGGACUCCUUGCUGUUUCCAAGGGAUUCCCCUACGUCCACGUCGGACGACGGAACCGCGGCGGACAUAUGCGAAACGAAAGAUUGCGUCCCUCCCAACGAAGGAUGGGCAGAGACGGAAGUGGACGCGCCUCAAUCCCAGGAAUGCAGCGAGAAGCAGGCCUCAGACGCAGGCCGCGUCGUUGGAAUGACCGAGAGCCCUUCAGCCGAAGUGACUCUUGUGUCCAAAGACGGCCGACUCGAAUCGGAUGGCGCGGUUGAUGCAGUGCCCGUGCCAAUCAACACCGACAUGCUUCCUGCGGCAGAUCCGACGGAUUCGGCGUCCGUAUUUCCAGAGAGCGACGCACUCGAUGACCUCUGGGCGCUGUUCGGCGAAGACCCCGUCGUGGACAACGAAAGCACUGGCGACGACGUAGCGCUAACGCGGCGUCGAGCGCCGGCCUGCGACGUGUACGACGUUGCUGGCGGCGAUCGUGAAGAAGGUGCCGCUGGUUCGCCGGUGUUCCACGACGGGGCUGCGACGGAGCCGGCGUUUGGCGAUCGUCCGCACUCCGACGCCUGCGAGAAUGGCUACUCAACAGACGACGAUACUCAAUGGUCAGCGUUGGACAGCGAAUUCGCUGCGAAUAGCGUGGACAAAGAAACGCAAUGCGAAUUCCAUGCUGAUUUUAUGUCCGAGUUGCUUAGCGCUGAAACCGCGCUGCGCAUGGAAGUGGUUCGACUGGGCAUACAGUUGCGUAAAAUGCAGGUGCAUACGGAGUAACCUAGUGGGUGCUUUCGCUGUGGCAAAGCCACAUGCUUGGCGCGCUCUGUCAAGACGCUCGUAAGCAACUCCGCGCUAUGCGUGAUCUAUAUGCGUGCGAUUUGCGUGCGAUGUGCGAUUUUCGAACCGGCAGAAUUGAAUGUGUUCUCGUGUCUUCUCUGUUGUAUCUCCGUCGUAAAUAAAUUCGACGAAUACUCGAAUUUCUUGCGGGU